CGCCCCGUGUCAGGAGAAGGAAGCGGUGGAAAAGCAGCAGCCGGAGCGGCGAGGGCCGGACCGAACGGAGGGGGAGAGAGAGCCGGGUGAAACACCGCACCGCCGAGCAGGCCGCACGGCGAACGGGAGGGAGAGAGGCCGAGGCGAGGAGCCAGAGAACGUGAAAUAGUCCUGUCACUUGGCAACAAUGCCAUUUCCAUUUGGCAAGUCCCAUAAGUCUCCAGCAGACAUUGUGAAAAAUCUGAAGGAGAGCAUGGCAGUAUUAGAAAAACAAGAUAUCUCUGACAAAAAGGCAGAAAAGGCCACAGAAGAGGUAUCAAAGAAUCUGGUAGCUAUGAAGGAAAUUUUGUAUGGUACAAAUGAGAAAGAGCCCCAGACUGAAGCAGUGGCACAGCUGGCUCAGGAGCUGUACAACAGUGGCCUCCUCGGUACUUUGAUAGCGGACUUACAGCUCAUUGACUUUGAGGGUAAGAAAGAUGUGGCUCAGAUUUUCAACAAUAUUCUGAGAAGGCAGAUUGGCACACGGACCCCAACAGUGGAAUACAUCUGUACUCAGCAAAAUAUAUUGUUCAUGUUACUGAAAGGGUACGAAUCGCCAGAAAUCGCUCUUAAUUGCGGUAUUAUGCUGCGUGAAUGUAUCCGGCAUGAACCAUUGGCAAAAGUUAUUCUGUGGGCUGAGCAAUUUUAUGAUUUCUUCAGAUAUGUGGAAAUGUCAACUUUUGACAUUGCUUCAGAUGCAUUUGCCACAUUCAAGGAUUUACUUACACGACACAAGCUACUGAGUGCAGAAUUUUUGGAGCAGUAUUAUGAUCGAUUCUUCAGCGAAUAUGAAAAGUUACUCCAUUCGGAAAACUAUGUCACAAAAAGACAGUCACUGAAGUUACUUGGAGAGCUUCUAUUGGAUAGACACAAUUUCACCAUAAUGACAAAGUAUAUCAGCAAACCAGAGAACUUGAAGUUGAUGAUGAAUCUGCUGCGAGACAAAAGCCGCAACAUACAGUUUGAGGCCUUCCAUGUAUUUAAGGUGUUUGUAGCCAAUCCCAACAAAACUCAGCCAAUUCUGGAUAUCUUGCUGAAAAACCAGGCCAAACUGAUAGAGUUUCUCAGCAAGUUCCAGAAUGAUAGGACCGAAGAUGAACAAUUCAAUGACGAGAAGACUUACUUGGUCAAACAAAUCAGAGAUCUAAAGAGACCGGCACCCCAGGAAUCCUAAAGCUGUAUUAUAAAACAGAACAGAAUUUAAGCGACUGCUGUCUAUUAUUGAACAUCAAGCACCCUUAUUCGAUUCUUAUGGAUUACUGCUAACCUGCUGUCCAGUGAACGGUUUAUUUGUUUUUUGUUUUGAGGUCAAAGAUGAAAUUUAGCUGCUGCUUUCCUGCGCAUUAGAGCACAACAUGGACUUUGUCUGUUUCAAUGACAAAAAAGUAACUUCAAUGUAAACACACCGUCUUAUGGUUAAGCGUAGGUGAAGGGGUACUUGGUUUAUGUAAGCCGGUUUUUAGAAAUUAGAAUGGGUUGGUAAAGAAAUGAUAACAACAGUAAAACUGAGGUUGCAUGCCUGGUUUUUAAUCCAUUUAUUUGCAGAACUGUGCUGUGAGUUUGUCAGGCAUUUAAAAACAUACACCAUAGUCAUAAGGAUUAAAGUGCUGGAUCUCCAUGUCGUUGAUUUUUCUUUAUGAAUGUGGUGCAUUACUUGUGAUUUAAUUUAGUUGGGAACAUUUUCUAUGGUGUAUGUUUUCUGAAGUCAUUUAAUAGCAUUUGCUCACAAAAUGGUUUAAAAGCAAACUCAACCUUAAUAUGGGUUGGGGAGAGAAACCAAUUACUGGCUAGAAUUAUCUUUCUGAGAUGCAAAGCUAUGCAUGACUGCCAUAGAGAAAUCCAGCCUGCAGCAUUGUGACAGAGAUUUUUUCCCUUGUGCUUUGCAGGCAGAUUUCCCAGUGGAUCGUGUGUCCUACCCACGACAUUUUUUUAAACUAGGAAAUUUAUUGGUGAUAAAAUCGAAAGAUGAAAUGCUGCAUUUCCCCUCCCAUAAUUGCAGAAUGUAGUGUUACAAGUUAGAUUUCUUUGCAUAGUUGUACACAAUUCAGAAUGCUGGCAAAGAAUUGUAGAUGUGAGAAGUUUUUUUUUCAAGGGAUGUGAUUGUUCCCCCUUAAUGUAUUAACUAACUUUUGGAAGAAUUAAUCUGUUGGGAAGGGGUUGUUCUUACUGGCAAAAAAGAAUGUACAUAGGCCUUUCAUUGAUUUAUAGAUUUUUGCAGACAGUUUGAUUUACAAGAAUUGAAAGUAUAUACACAUUCAGACAUGUUUUAGUUACGUUAAUUUUAAUUCCUAUUUUCUGUUUUGGAGUUAGCAUUGAAACUCUGCAUUUCAUUAGAGGGAUUUGCUGGUUCCUUGUACAUAACUUUAGGCCGCUCAGUUCUAAAGAUGAUUAAUUUGUACAGCGGAAGAAUGUUAUUGUAUUAGUCUAACUAUUUACUUAAUAUUGAGUUUUGCAUAUGAAUGCUGAUAUGUUAUUUGAAUAUUUCUGCUGAUCACAUGAAAUUGCUGAUGAAUAUUUGCAGUAGAACAGCAUUCUAAAGCCAAUUCUGUAUUUAUGCUAUUUGCUAAUGGGCUGCUGAGAUCAGGAUAGGCUAAUGUAUAAACUGGAACCCCCUAAGAAACUGGAUUUAUGUUCACUAAUAGUGAGCCCUACACAUUCAGUUACUAGAUUUGGGACUUUUUAAAUAUUGGCUUAAAUAAGCCUGCAGAAAAGUUCUUUGCUUAUGUCUUCUUAAUAUGAACUUACCAAACAAAGUGGUAGUAUCUAAUAAAUGUAUUGCUGUUUCUUUUCAAUCCAGUUGAUAAUUUUCAGAUCUUGCCUUGAAACGUACUUGAGCUUUUAGAUUCCAGUGCAGCAGGUGAAACUCAGAAGUCAGAAUACAUUUGAAGAAAAUUAGUGUAAUUUUCAAGAACAUCUUUGCUUGUAGUGUUUUCUGAUAGGGUGGUACAUUGCAGUAUAUUGUAAAUGUUGCACAAUUAACAGUCUAAAUGUCAAUAUAAACUGCCCCACAUGCUUUUUUAAAACUAGUUUUAAAGAAUAAUUGCAAAACCAACUGGACUCGGUUCGCUUUUUCCUGAUGACAAUUGCAUGUUAAGUGGUGGAGUAACCUUUUUUAUACUAAUUGUAGAAAUAUUGCAUUGGGAUUCACUGAUGUGAACUUAGCCUUAACAAACAAAUAUUAGUCAAUAUUUUAAAUUCCUGUGGAGUGACUGUCAAAAUUGGAUUUGUUGGAUGUCCAUUAAACCAUAUCAAAAAUAUCUUAACAACUUGACCACUGCAAUUUCAAGAAAGUAAUGUAGCAAUUUUCAAUGUCUGGGAGGAGUUGACAAAAUCUAGCCCUUGGCUGAAACUUGCCUCAUCUAUACUCCUUCCAUUUUACACUUGGUUACUUAUGUCUGCAUUCAAUGUCAUUAUAUAUACAGUUUAACCACCUUCGUUCUUGCAAGUACAGACUUGUUAAGGCUACGUGUAUGAUCCUCUGCAUCUGGUAACGGUUGUUUUUGUUUCAUUAGAAAUAUCCUGUGGGAUUAUUUUCCUGUAACUAAUGCACCACUUGAUAGCUGUGUAACUCAGCAGAAAGCUCUUAGUUAUUGCACUGGCUGGUUUGCAAGUAUGUCAUCGUAUUGAGAAUUGGAAUCUAUGCAUAAUAUGCUGUGCAAUCCUUACUAUAAUUGGGUUGAAAAUUAAAAGCAUGAGGUCACUUUAGGAAGAUGCCAAAUAUAUGAACAUUUCAGACGUAGCAUGAGUAUGGUUAGAACAUUUGUAAGCUAUUUUGUUUGUAAGCCAUAUGUACUCAAAUGAUGCUGCAAUCUUGGGUUGUAUGGAGCUGUUGCACUGGAAUCUUCAAGUACUGUGAAACAUUGCCCGCCAAAGAGAUUUCUGCAGGGUGUGAACACAGUUUUUGAAUAAUUAGGACUGCUUUAAGAUAGCAGAUCUUGCUAAACAUGUCCUGUCUCCCUAGAAAACAUCAUUUAAUGUCAGAAGACCUGACUGGCCCCAAGGAUACAAUAAAUUUUGAUUAAACAUA